CGGAGCGGCAAGGAGGCCUGCAAAACGCGAACUGUGGUGAUGACCCCCGUUCCUGCCUGCCUCUCAGACACACCACGCGCCGCUUCUCCCUCCCCGUGAGCCGUCGGAGCGCCUCUCUCCUCCCUCCUCUCCGGCGGCGACUCGCCGCUCUUCUCCCUCCCAAGACGACUCCAUGACAUUCGAUGUCUGAAGUGAGUCAUCAUCUCUGCAGAGAUUUCAGACACACGUUUAGCAUUUGCCCUUUUCUCGUGCUGAUGAUGAUCCUGUGAAUCUUAAAUUUCUUUACAGAGUAGAUAAAAGUCGCCUAGAAAAGACUCCGCUCGAAGAUGUACAAAGCUAGGAGGGCAGCUUCGCUCAAAGUGAGGCGCCGCGUCGGCAAGUAUGAGCUUGGUCGCACAAUUGGGGAAGGAACAUUUGCAAAGGUCCGGAUCGCAAAGAACAUGGAGUCUGGGGAUCAUGUUGCCAUCAAGAUCCUUGACAAGGUGAAGGUUCAGAAGCACGGAUUGGUCGAACAGAUUAGGCGGGAAAUUUGUACGAUGAAGUUGAUACAGCACCCCAAUGUUGUUCGACUGCAUGAGGUGAUGGGUAGUAAAGCAAGGAUUUUCAUUGUUCUCGAAUAUGUUACGGGUGGAGAGCUGCAUGACAUUAUCGUUGACCGCGGAAGCUUGAAGGAGGAUGAAGCACGCAAGUUCUUUCAACAAUUGAUCAAUGCAGUAGAUUAUUGCCACAGUAGGGGUGUAUACCACAGAGACCUGAAGAUAGAGAAUUUGUUGCUUGAUACUGCUGGGAACCUCAAAGUCUCGGACUUUGGCUUAAGUGCUAUAUCUGAGCAGGUAAAGGCUGAUGGAUUACUGCAUACUACAUGUGGAACACCAAAUUACGUUGCUCCUGAGGUUAUUGAGGAUAAGGGCUAUGAUGGUGCACUUGCAGACCUUUGGUCCUGUGGGGUAAUUCUUUUUGUGAUGCUUGCUGGAUAUCUGCCUUUUGAGGAUGACAAUCUCGCAUCCCUUUAUAAAAAGAUCUCUGCAGCACAAUUUGUUUGUCCAUCUUGGUUUUCUGAUGGUGCUAAAAAGCUGAUUGCCAGAGUUCUGGAUCCUAAUCCUUCCACUCGGAUAACUAUUGCUCAACUAUUGAAAGAUCAAUGGUUCAAAAAAGGGUACAAGCCACCUGUCUUUGAUGAGAAAAGCCAAACUACUCUGGAUGAUGUCGAUGCUGCUUUUGGAGACUCGGAAGAAAAACUUGUGAAAGAGGACAUGGAAGGGCAACCAGCUUCAAUGAACGCAUUUGAGUUGAUAUCACUGAAUAGGGGACUGAAUCUUGAUAACUUGUUUGAAACAGAUAAGAAGUACAAGAGAGAAAAAAGAUUUACAUCACAGUGUCCUCCCGGAGAGAUCAUCACUAGGAUAGAAGCUGCAGCUAAGCCACUUGGGUUUGACAUCCAAAAGAAAAAUUACAAGAUGCAAAUGGAGAACCUAAAACCGGGAAGAAAAGGAAAUCUAAAUGUUGCAACUGAGGUGUUCCAAGUGGCUCCAUCUUUGCAUGUCGUUGAGCUCAAAAAGGCAAAAGGAGAUACUCUGGAAUUUCAGAAGUUCUACACAAAACUCUCGGCUCAGCUAAAGGAUGUUGUUUGGGUCUGUGAAGGUGAGGCUGAAGAAAGAAGUUCCGCAACAUGAGGCAGCUGCAGAGUAUCUCCCUCGGGAAGUAGUGUUUUAGGUUCUCUUGUACAUAGUUCUCCUAGGACUCCCUACAUAAUUUUGUUUGUUCAUCGAUAUAUAGGCUUUAGGUUUCGUUCAUGGCCAGCUGGAAGUAGAUAAAACAUAUACUACCAAUAGGUUGAGGUGUCUCUCCUUUUCUCUUUGAAGAAGGGAUGGCUAAAUUGUAGCUGUGUAGCAUUUGAUGCUCUACUAUGUUAAUCUUCACUCUCUUUCUCCAAAACUGAUGAACAUGGGAGGAAAAGAGAAGGCGAUUGGGAGGUUCAGAUUCAGCAAGAUUGAUUUAUUA